UCUCCAUGGCAAUUGCUAUUCGCUCAUCGUCGGAUCUUUACCACAGAUGAUCUCUUUGAAACAAUCGUCCUGCUAGCAAUUGUUUUCCUUCAGUUUUAUACUAAUAUUUUGUUUUGUUUUGCACAGUUACUUUGCUGAAUACUUGCCAGUGCGUGAAUAGGAAACAGAGACACGGAAUGGAUCAGUACAGUAUUCUGGGAAGGAUUGGGGAAGGAGCUCACGGGAUUGUUUUCAAAGCCAAACACAUCGAGACAGGAGAGACGGUGGCUUUGAAAAAGGUUGCUCUGCGAAGACUUGAAGAUGGUAUUCCGAACCAGGCCCUGCGAGAAAUCAAAGCCCUGCAAGAGAUCGAGGACAACCAAUAUGUGGUGAAGCUGAAGGAUGUCUUCCCUCACGGCACAGGCUUUGUGCUGGUGUUUGAGUACAUGUUGUCAGAUCUGUCAGAAGUCAUUCGGAAUUCCCAGCGUCCUCUCACCGCAUCCCAGGUCAAAGGUUACAUGAUGAUGCUGCUGAAAGGAGUGGCUUUCUGCCACGAGAACUCCAUCAUGCACCGGGAUCUAAAGCCUGCAAACCUUCUAAUCAGCUCGACGGGUCACCUGAAGAUCGCUGACUUCGGUCUGGCCAGGCUCUUUUCUAAUGAAGGAGAUCGUCUGUACAGUCACCAGGUGGCCACCAGAUGGUACAGAUCACCCGAACUUUUGUAUGGUGCCCGGAAAUAUGAUGAAGGAGUUGAUCUCUGGGCAGUGGGCUGCAUUUUUGGGGAGCUGUUGAAUAACUCUCCACUUUUCCCUGGAGAGAAUGACAUUGAGCAGUUGUGCUGUGUUUUACGAGUGCUGGGAACUCCCAACCAGAAAGUUUGGCCAGAAAUAACAGAACUACCAGACUACAAUAAAAUCACGUUUAAAGAAAACCCCCCCAUUCCUUUGGAGGAGAUCGUGCCUGACACGUCACCACAAGCUGUGGACCUGCUGAAGAAGUUCCUCGUCUAUCCAUCCAAACAGAGGAUCAGUGCUAGACAGGCUUUGCUCCAUCCGUAUUUCUUCACGGACCCUCUCCCGGCUCAUCACUCAGAGCUGCCCAUCCCUCAGCGUGGAGGAAAGCACUCCAGACAGCGCAUGCAACCCCCUUAUGAAUUCACAGUGGAUCGACCUUUACACGAGAGCUUGGUGGACCCCAGUCUGAUCCAGAGACAUGCGCAGAGUUUUUUGUGACAGCGGUAUGAGCAUAAAUGUAGGGCUUUGUACUUUGUUUCACACCAGGAAGUGGCCCAUUAAGUCAUGCACAUUUAUUCAUUUUUAAGGACAAUAAAAAAAAAAAAAAAGUAAUUAUUUUAUAUGCUCUGUUGUACAGGAAAUAGGCUAUAUGUUUCAGUUUUCCUGAACAUACUUUUAGUGAACUCUCAAAUGGCACGUCUAGAUUUUCUGUGAUAUGUGAUUAAAUAUAAAAUAUUUACUUAAAAAGUCGUUAUUAUGACAAAAAGACAUAAUUAUGACUUUUUGUCGUUAUGCUUUACCAAAGCGUGGUUUGUCAUUUCUUGAGGAUGAAAAAAUAAAUAAAUGUGCAAAUUAUUUAUUAUAAUGCGCUAUUAUACAGGAAUAUGCUAUAUAAUGUUUUGCUGAAUAGACUUUUAUUAACUAGUUCACUAUUUCACGCACAGCAGCAGAAUAUGUUUGUCAGUCCUGUUUUUGAGUCCUUAACACGGUUAUGUUCACACAGAGUAUGGAUAUUUUUAGGCGUGACAACCGCAUUCUGUAACCGAACUCGCACUCGUAAAUUUUCAGGACUCAACCGCAUUCUCGGAAAACGUGCAGUGUGAACAGAACCGGAUUGGACAACUAGUUGUCUGUCAUGUCAGACAGUGCGAGAGAGAGUCGCUCUGCCUCACAAGCACGCGUCUAUUGCGUGUUUUCAUAUGUGGUUUCAGUAACUUACAGUGACGGAGAAAUGAGCUGUGAAAGUUUUCGAUUCAGUCAGUUUUUCUCCACCGGAACCACUCCCGUCAGAUUUGUGACUCAAAUGCUUCAUUACAUUUACAUUGUCAUUUAGCAGACGCUUUUAUCCAAAGCGACUUACAAAUGAG